ACCUAUUGGACUCCGGAUUCUGUGGCUACAACACGGUUGGCUCUGGGGGUUCUUUCAAGCUUUGCAUGUCGGGGUGCUGUGGUUACAGGAUCGAGUUACCUGUUGGGCUCCCGGAUCCUGUGGCUACAGCACGGUUUGGCUCUGGGGGCUUUUUCAUGCUUGGCAUGCUGGGGUGUUGUGGCUACAGGAUCGAGUUACCUACUGGGCUCACUCACAACUAUGCUUUGCAUAGUAGAGGUGCUGUGUUGGAUGGCCUUUGGAAGUUUCCAGCGAGUCGUUGGGGCAGGCGGUGCCUCUCGCUCGAAAAUCGCCACUGGAAGCAACCUUAGGAGCAAAAUUCGAAGUGCCCACAACAUGGCAAGACCGGUUUCGGAGAGUUUGAAGAACUUGGGGGUUUUGGAGGAUCUUCGAGGGUUAGUGGAGGAUUGGGCAUACUCUCCAAACCCCAGAGCCUGUUGGAGGAGCGCCUGGUGAAUGGAACACCAGACCAAAUCUCAUCCAAAGCGGUUCUAUCCCUCCGCAUCCAGGUGUCUUUCAACAAUUACCUGGUGAAAAAAGCGGAUUACUUCUGGUAAGAGUUGCCGUAAGAAACUCGGUGGUGGUACGGGGGCCCUGGCUGCCUCAGCCUGCUUCUGAGUAGGCUCUAUCAGGGGGGUAUCCUACUUGGGGAAUUUUUGGAACACACACAAGCCUUCGAGGCUUGCGAAGCGGUGCCUGUAUUGUACUCCCUCAGGCACGCUUUGUAGAGGGGACUCUAGGGGCACUGUUCAAACUACUUACGACUAUUACG